UCAUUCUGUUCGCUUCUCGCUGAUCCUUUUCUCUCCAUCCCCUCACCAGGAAGUGCAGCAGCUUUAGCCGCCCUGCUGGCCGCUGAGUAUUCUGGGAGUUCUGCAGAUCAAGAUGGCGGCCAGCAGGAGGCUGAUGAAGGAGCUUGAGGAAAUCCGUAAAUGUGGCAUGAAGAAUUUCCGUAAUAUACAGGUCGAUGAAGCAAAUCUGUUGACAUGGCAAGGACUUAUUGUUCCAGAUAAUCCACCAUAUGACAAGGGAGCUUUCAGGAUCGAGAUAAAUUUUCCAGCAGAAUAUCCAUUCAAACCUCCGAAGAUUACAUUUAAAACAAAGAUCUAUCAUCCUAAUGUCGAUGAAAAGGGACAGGUGUGUUUGCCUGUAAUUAGUGCUGAAAACUGGAAGCCAGCAACCAAAACCGAUCAAGUAAUACAGUCUCUUAUAGCACUGGUCAAUGACCCACAGCCAGAGCAUCCUCUGAGGGCUGAUCUAGCAGAAGAAUACUCUAAGGACCGUAAAAAAUUCUUUAAGAAUGCAGAGGAGUUUACAAAGAAAUAUGGUGAAAAACGACCAGUGGACUAAAUAAACAAGCAAAGACGUAAUGUCAAGGCACGCUAGAAGACCCAGAGCAGUGUAUUUCAGACACAACACAGCAGGACUCGGUGGACCAUAGAAGAGUGUCAUCUCUCGCUGUUAACUUGUGGUUGUUACUAACUUUCUACAGUCUUUCUUAAAAUCAGACAUUUAGAUAAGCCUGUAUGACAGGAUUUCAGAAAUUAAAAACGGUAUUCUAGUUCUGCUUUAUUUGUUUAAAAAUCACUGCUUCAUUAUAAAAUGUUUUUUUCUGACAAGUUAUCACCCUUCUUUAAUGGAUACUGUGCCCUUAAGAUUCGAUUGGUUGUGGUGGUUCUUUCCAGAUUUCUUUGCCACUCCCACUGCCUUUUUUCUUUUUUUACCAAUGUCUUGGUUAAGAUGCACAGCCUUGAAGGAGAGUGGCUAAAAUGGUAACUUAUUUUUCUCUUUGUUGCACUGUGCUUUGCAGAGCUUGUUUGCAAGUUCUCAAUGUCAGUUUGUAACGUAUUUAAAAAAAACAAAAAAACAAAAACAAAGGUAGUCCCUGUACUUAUGUAAAUUUGGCUGUUACCUUGAUGAUGUUUAUUAAAUGGGGAAACUCAA